AUGGAAGAGAAUAUUGAUGACAUUGAAGAAGAUGAAGACAUAAAAGAGGAUGAAGAUGAUGAAGAUGCUGAUGACAUGGAGCAAGAGGAAGACAUCAAAGCAUCUGUUGCCAAACCCAAAGGAAGAAGAAAGCCUCGAUCAGUGUUAACAGGACGAGGUGUUACUCUUGGUAUGUUGAUGGAUGAUGGAGUCAUUGAGCCUGGUGAAAAAUGCCUUUCUAUCGAUUACCUGGUAUGUAUCUUAUACAUUGUAACCUAAUUAGAUGUAUUAUUGUUUAAAAUAUUAUUUAUACAGCAUAGCUCCAGGGUUCUUCAGCAGCUACAUGAUGUAUGGUAACCGUUGUAAAUCCCUGUCUAGUUGUGACAAAAGUCCUGUUUACCCACAGAAUUUUUUUUUUUUCUGUAAAGAGGGUGCAGUACUCAAUCUGGCAUAAUUUUAUGCAACACUAAUUAUUUCGAGAAAGCAUUGUGAUAUCAAAUGUAGCAAAUUUUGGUAAAUAAAGGUGCCACUCUCAUGGUUAAAAUUUUUUCCCUGGUGGCCCAAAACAUUUUCCUGUGGGAUUCUGCCAGACUCCUAAAAUGAAGGGGAGUAAUGAUCCUUUCUACCAAACAGUGGUGCUACAAAUUCAGAGACAACUUACCUGCGAUGUCUUGCUUCCUCAAGGUAACCAUUGCCAUUUUGCAAGCAUUUUGGGAGAGAGCAGAACUACACAACACAACCAUACAGAAUUAUAAGCCAUGCAACAAACGUACAUAUAGUAUUGUAACUCAAUAGUAGAGAAAAAAAUUAUUAUGAACAAGCAGACAACUGGAAAAAAAUGUUGGGGGUAGGGUGAUUGUGGGGCUCGGGGGAGGGGUAAAGACUAAGAUCUAUUAACACUACUGAAGAACUUAGUUCCCAGGCAUGUUAGGACAAUGGGAUCAAUUUAGGUUUCUGGCAAACAGCCCUCCUACCCCUCCCCUAACUCAACAUUAACAUUUGCAUCUCACUUGGGACAAAAUGUUGGGUUAGGGGAGGGGUAGGUGGGCAGUUUCCCAGAUACCUAAAUUGAUCCAGAUAGUGCUUUGUACCUCAGCACUUGCCAGUCUAAGCACAUUGGUAAUUAAUAAUAAUUACUAUUGUUAUAACAUAUGUACCAAUUUAUUUUGUUACAGGGUCAAAAGUUUGUAGCUGAUCUUCAACCCGAUGGUAGAAUAAAAUGGCCAGAAGCUAGUCAGGUGUUUAAUUCACCAUCUGCAUGGGCAAUAUACUGCAAAAAGCUUGUCAACCCUUCCAAGAAAUCAGGCUGUGGAUGGGCUUCUGUGAGUGAAUCAUUACUGCUCAAUUGUAAUUAUCUUUUUGACAUGCAGUAACUUAACCAAGCGCAAUUUUUUUAUUAUACUUUAUUGUAUGUUGUACUUGUUAGCUGUUUUUUCAUUGGCCUACAGCUAAUUUUGGAAAUCAGCGCAGCCUACAGAUAAGUUAGUUACAGUAUCUGCUUGCAGAUAACUAACUAAUCUGUAGGAUGCGCACGCAAUGCAUGAUUUUGAAUAGCAAUAUCAAUGCAGGUUCCUUGCGACAGUGUGUAUGUCGUAAUUUUCUUUAAAACAAUGUAUAAUAAAACAUAUUAUUAGAUUUGGUUUUUGUAGUAUCCUAAAUAAUCAAGGCUUCAGUAAGUACUAUCAGCCUCGGCCUUCAGCUUGGCCGAUAACACUUACCUCAACCUUGAUUAUUCCGGAUAUCAUGAAAAACCUCAUCCAAUAAUAAUUUUGUUUAAUGUAACAUUUAAAAAGUUCAUAUAAGGGUCAGGUCUCCAUUUUUUAUGUCUGCUGCAAUACCAUUAUUACAGCAUGAAGAACAAUAUCAAAAUUGUUUUUAUAUUCCUGGGUUCCCUGUACCACACUUAGUGGUGAUUUUUUUCAUCAUUGUCAUUAGUGUACUUUUUUGGCACCAUCUUGAUUUUGAUUGUGUAAUGACCACACAUAAUUAUUUUGUGAGAUGAUCACCAAACAUCUAUUAUAGUUUACAUUCAUUUUGCAUGAGAAAUGUUUGUCAGCUAACUUGUAUGGAUUUUACUCAUGUAAAAUGAACUGUUUGUCAAGAAUUGAGUUGAUGAUUGAGCCUUGCAAAACAGAAAACAAUAGAUUCAUCCAUGUACCAGUUACAGCUGUACAACUCUAAUAGUAUUAUUUUUGCAACUUACCCUGGCUUUGCAAGCAAGAAAAAUUAUUAUGAACAGUUACAACAAUUCGCAGUAUGCUGCUCAGUACAUGUAUCUUUAUAUUUGAUAGACUAGUACAAUGUAUUAAUUUGUCAUUAAUUUUUCCAUUUUUAUUUGAAGGUGAAGUACAAGGGUAAAAAAUUGGACCAGUUCAAAACUACUUGGUUCAGGAAACAACAUUCAUCUGUGUCUGUAAGUAUAGUCAAGGUUGUUGCUUAUGACAAUAAUAUUAUUAUUUCACUGUCGUUAAAAACGGUUUAUGUCAAAUUUCAUUGUUUUCACAGUGACACUACUACAUAAAAUAAUAAUCAUGAAUAACGUUUUUCAGUAAAAUCCAACUAGUGGUCUAUUAUCAAAAAUUAAUGCUGCAUUCUGAUUGGUUGAGCUACUACUAGGCUAUAUGUUAUAGCCCACUAGUAGCAAAAAGCACCGGCUUUGAAAACCAAAACAAUGACAGAUGAAUUGCGUUUUGCUAGCUAAUUAUAAAGUUGUUUGUCUCGAUAUUUUGAGCAACUAGUUGGAUUUUACUAAAACAAUAUUAUUCCUCUUGCCCUCAUGGCCUCUGAGUCAAUAGCCCAUUCAGCCUAUUGAGCAGGCAAUUUGAAGCAAAUUCUUUGUUGUGACUGACUACCCAAGCGGACAAGAUGGAGCCAUGUUACCUGCUUGGGAUUUCCUCCACUGAUCCCACAGGCAAAGUGCUCUUUUUGUGGCCAAGAGCACUUGUGUUCACUAAAAAUGGCUGAAUUUCAGUCCAUAAAAUGGCUAGUGCAUGAUAAUUAUACCAAGUGAAUAAGAGCUGUUGAGUUACAUCACAAAGAACAUGACAAUGAUCCCUAGCCCUUACACAAAAACACAAUAAUUUCUGUGCAUAUAUUGACAAGCAGUAGAUUAUGGGAUGUGGAUCCGCACAGGCAGUUACCAGGGGCUCAGGGGCGAACGGGUUAAUAUGUUAAUAUUUUUUGACUUGUUAUUAAAAAUUUCAGCCAUCAUCAAGCAAAGAAAGUUCAUCAUUGACUUCACAGAAAGAAACACCCCUCCGAGGCUCUCAGUUGGCUUCACCUACAUCAAGCAAGACCCCAGCAAGCAAAUCAUCGAGUAGUCACGGAGACAUGCAAAGUGUGCCAUCAUCAUCAUCAUCGACAUCAUUAUCCACAGGGUCGGCUAAUGUCCAAUCUCCAACACAUACACAUGUACCAUCAACCACACAUCAUUCUGUACCAGUACAAAAGAAUUCAGGACCGAGCUCAUCUGCUACAAGUAGCAUCUCUUUCCCUGCGGAGGUGAAGAAACCAGCUAAAGGUUCAUCAGGCCGCGGGUAAAGCUCAGAUUGUUGAUGUUUCUCUGUUAUGUACUGUACGUAAAUGUUUUGUUUGGCCAAUUAAAUCCUGCAUGUACAGUGUUCCAGACAAGAGAUGCAUCUGCGGUCAAUGAUCCGACAAAGAAGACUUCCUGACAAGACAGAUGAAUAUAAAACUAUGUUAGAUAAAUAUAAUGAAUAAAUUUAGCAUGUGGUCUAGGUGAAACCUCAGGUGGUCUACAUGACCCCCCACUUGAAAGAAUUAACUCUAAUGCUGCAUGUUGCUUUUCUUUCCUUUCCCACACAUUUUUGCACUCCACCACUUAACAUAUUAAUUUACAAGCAUUAAUUUAUAAUUACUUCUAGUAGCCUGAGUAUCCACAUUUCUGGAAUCUCCUCACCCUAAGCCCCUUAGGAAGGCUUGAUUAGGCAGCUCAUAGUAUGUGCAAUCCAUCAUCUAUGAUUGUUGGAAUAUUUCACGGGCACAAGUCAGUAUAAUUUUGAAGGUAAACUGGCUUUGUUUAUGCGAUUUGGCACAUUUUUUAUGGCAAAAGCAAAGCAAGAUAAGAUGAAAUGUUUGUUUUAACUUUACUCUUAAAAUUUAAAUUUAAAUCAUAGAGAAAUCUGUCCGCCAAAGUGGCUACUAAACCAGAAUUCUUAGUUGCCAAGGAGAAAAUUAUGUGAGUCGCAUUGGCAACUGUGUUAGUUGCAGCCCUGCUAGAAUAACUGAACUUAGUGUGGUAAUGUUACAUUGUUCCUCUUUUUUAACAGGCGAAAACCAAACAUUGGCUACAUUCACCCACCACCAACACAAAAGUCAACAACACGGUUCUCACCUACAGCCUUGACUCCGACCAUGUCAUCAAAGUCUUCGGUAUCACUGAAAAGUCCUGUGGGUAAGAUCAGAGUGUCAGAUUCUUGCUUAUAGUGUCCAAAGAUAAAAAUUGGCAAAAACAUUUCAAUUUCUUUUUGUAAAAUCCUUAUUAAAAACUAAUUUUACAAUAUAUACACUAACGGAGGGAUUUUUUCUCACAUACUGAUUUUUAUGACCAAUCGAACCACAGACCAUGGAAAUGACAUGAUGGUGGCACAAUUUGUUUUUCUCUUUCUUGCACACGCAAUUGUCUGAGAAACUUCAACUGAAAUGGACAUAAAAAAACUGUCAAUAGUUUUGUAAAUAAUAAAUCUAUAACAAUUUUCCUGAUGUAAAGUUGUGAUUAUUUUGCUAUAUGUACAUGCAUAUAAAAAUGUAAGCAGUUUUAUUUUCAUUUUUUAACUGAUUGCGGCCCAUUGUCUUACAUGUGUAUGAGUGUAAGUUUUAUUGUUAUGGCAUGCAGGUAAUUGAGUGCGGGAGAAUCAGGUUAAUGUCACGGCCAAUUAAUUUUAUAGAAAAAAUUGAUCACUGAUUAACAUAAUAUUAUUUUAAUGGCUGGUUUGUUCUAGAUUUGCCCAGUCCAUUAUCAUCAUCCCCUGCUUCGGUAGGAAGAAAACGCCUGGCUGUUAGAACACGGCAAUCAGUAAAGUACACAGCAUUGACUCCAGAUAGGUGAGAGGGAAUUUUCAUGGCAAAUGAAUGAGAGUUAUUUUCUGUUAUUUACUCUUUACUCAGUAACCAAAUGAAUCUUGUGGGUUAUUUUGUGUCAGUUUAUCGGUAUCUCCAUUCAAAGCUAUUAACAAAAUAAUCUCACUCUCAAUUUAAGGGUGUUACAGGGAGUAACUUACAGAAAGAGAAUUUUAAUUGAUAAAUAUUUUUUCCUUGUCAGUGUUCAAUAUGCAGGUCACAGGUCACUUAGUACAGCUUAGAGUACCAUAAUAUAUAAAUAAUUUUAUCUGUACGUUAUGGUAAAUAAACAACUCACAAUCAGAAAUAGAGACUUUAUGUCUUAAAGGGAAACUGCUUAUCUCAGUUAUAGAGCAUUGACCUGCACUUGUGACCCAUGACUUGUGAUCUGUGUUUUGUUCCUGCCAGUCUACAAGUGGUUAUACUGCCAGUGAGUUAAUGAGUUUGUAUUAUUUUAUGUUCCAUAGUGAUCCACAUACCCUGGUUGAACUUAUGAACUUUAGUGCUCUUGGAAAAAUGCAGCCUUUUUCUGUAGAUAUUUCAACAAACUGUCUUUUGCUUAUGGUAAGUGUCAGCACUCUCAGCAGACUACCAAUUAAGAUAGGUAUAUUGAGUUUGUGUAAUGAACACCUUAACAAUCACGCAUACCUGUAUGAUCUAUGUAAUUGUUUAAAAAUGUAUUAGCCAGUCUUAAAUUUAAGAGAGAUAACUAAAGUUUACAUUUCUAGAGAACACUGUCUUAUAUUACAGAUGACAAAAGAUACAGACUACUGAAUAUCAGUUAUGUUUGGGGCAAUUUUGACAGGAUCAUAAUUGAAGAUUAAUUACCAGUGUAGGACUACCGUAAAAUUCUGAAAUAAGCCCCACCAUGUAUGGGCCCCUCCAAAUAUAAGCCCCCCAAACCGGUAACGCAAAAAACCCUCCGUUAAAUCGCCCCUCCAAAUAUAAGCCCCCGGGGGCUUGUACUUGGAAAAUUGCCCUCAAGUACAAAGUAAAACAAAGCAAAAACGGUAAAUUUACCUUCAACUAUAAGGCUAGCCCGAUCGAUUUUGAAACGCAAAAUUCCCUCCGUAGAUAAGCCCCUCCGAAUAUAAGCCCCUCCAAAAGUAAGCCCCUCAAAAAGGGCUUUUGUAAAAUAUAAGCCCCGUGGCUUAUUUUCCGAAUUUUACGGUAUUAUUAUAAUGUACACGUAUUAUAUAAGAUUUUCUUACUCUUAUCUUGUGAUUACAGAAGUAAAAUAAAAUUAACAGCAGCUACCUCCACAAUCAAAUCCACAGGAUUACCAUUGUCAUCUAACAUCAAGUGAAGUAGUAGGAUACCUUGCUGGAAAGUUUGACCCACAAACACAUCGUAAGUGUGCUGCUUAAGAUAAUAGUUUGAUCUAGUACAGUGUACUUAAUAUGUUAACAGCAAUAAUGUUAAGAAGAGAGCCAGUUGACUACUCAAAUUUUUAGUGCCAUUUCAUCUUUUGUUCAUAAGAAGGAGGUAACGUACAAGAAUCCCAUGUACAUGUAAAUAUGAGUGUGGAGGAUUCAUGCUAAAAUGUUUUGCAAAGAGUAACUAAAUAGGAAUAAACUGAAGUACCCCUUUAAAAAAAGUCUGGGAGAAAAAUAGUAUGCAAAAUUUAUACAUGGAUAAGCUGAAUACCACUACAUGUAAAUAGCUACACUAAACAUGUAUAUGUAUAUAUUUUUUUUUUCUUCAAAAAAUAAGAACCUGUUUAAGAACCCAUAAUUUAUAUCCUAGAUUUGUACUUAUUACCAUUUAUCUAAGAAUCUGUCUAGGCAAACUUACAUGGAAAAAUCCAGGUUCUUAGUCGUGGGUUUUUACUGUAUGCCAAUAUAACAUUAUUUCUUUAUGUCAUGCAGACAUGAAGAUUGUACAGGCUUUUCCAUGCCGCUGUCGAUUUGCUGAUAAAGAAAAUGCACCCAAGGUGGAAGAAGAGGUAAAUUUUUUACGUGUAGAAAUGUUUUGUUGGCGUAAAACCUACCAGCUGUCAUGUGUAUUUUAUGCCAGCCUUUACUUUCAGUGUAGUCUUAAAGAAGAAGAGCAGUGGGGAUUGUAAAAAAAAAAAAACUACAUUAUACCACAGAUUGAUGUUUUCAUGAUUUUCUGUACAUUGCCGCUAUACAGUGUACCAUACAAUGCUGCUGAAGCUGAACAAGCAUGUCCUUAACAAUAGUACAAAUAGUAAAUAAAUAAAAAUAUAUGUAAUAAUAUUGAUUUAUAAGUCUAAUUUCUGUGGCAAACACUUCCUUCCACAAGGUGAGAUGAAAAUUUAAUAGUUUAAAAUCCUUGCCCUUCAGGCAAGCAAGGUUUGCUAGCCCAGAGAAGUCAUGCUGGCCUUAGCUUACCAUCAUCCUUUACUUUAUCUACAGUUACAGCAAAUGUUGCUUCCCCAGGAGACAGCUUGUAGUUAAAACUUGAUAACCCACUGACAGUUUGUUCCACUUUGCUCAGGCUAGCACUUUUGUUGUGGCCUUAUUUUAGCCGUUUAAAAUCUCAAUUUUAUCUGUAAAACCUUCCCGCUGCUUGUGCAGUGUAAACUUAACACAUUUUUUUCUUUCUGUGGCCAGGUGCGAAAUGCCAUUGCACAGCGAGGUCUUGUUCUUGUUGGAUGGUAUCACAGUCACCCAUCCUAUCAACCAGAUCCAUCACUACAGGAUAUCCAGAAUCAGCUCAAGUAUCAGAAAAUAUUGCAACAUGAAACAUCUUCCUAUGGCCCUUGUCUUGGCAUGAUAGUUUGUAAGUACAAAUGUACAUGUAUUACAAGAGAUAUGUUAUCGCAAAAUCUUUGUGAAGCUGUAAAGGAUCAUCAGUGAGAAUAAAGGGAAACAAGUCAAAGGGGACAACAAAAAAGCAAAAACUAAACAAAAAAAUUUGCAAAGAUUAAAUAUGGCUUUGUCAAGAUUUGAUUAUGUCUUGUUUUUGUGUCACUUAGUCAGUUUUUUGUUUAUUUUGUUUUUUAAUAAAUUUUUAACAGCUCCAUAUGAUAAUUACCGACCAACAAAAGAGUCAACUGUACGAGCUUUCUGGGUUCAAGCUUCGCCAGAAGGUCAAACUCAUAAACUAGGAGUUCCCAUGAUCAUGAAUAUCAGUACACAUCAAGAUCAGUUCCUUACUCAAGAUCUGCUAAAUGAAUUGGUAUGUAUAGAGAAUUGAGCUUAACCCUUUGAGUCCCAAUAGUGACCAACAGCAAUUUUCUCCUAACAAUGUCCAUACAUUGUCAAGAGAUGAGGUUGUGAGAAUAUAAAAAAUGAUCAGGAAAGAAAAAAUGCCUUGAUGUUUUAUUAAAUUCUCUCAACUAAUUCUUAAAGGAAAUGUAUGGAGAUCAGUUUGGAGAAUUCAUAUGUGGAUACUGGGGCUUAAAGGGUUAAAAGCUGUCCAGUAUAGUGUGAAUAUGCUUAAAGGAGAUGUGUCACGAAAUUCAGCCAAAUUAGGAAAUUACAAAAUGCCUGUUAAAUUAGUAGAAAGAGAAAAAUAACCACUUAAAACUUUAAAGGAAGGUUAAAAUAACAUAACAGAAACAACAGAUACCAUAUGGAUGGGCAAAACUGAAGAAGAUUGAAACAGAUUAGAAUUAGGGUUUUUGAAAACUGUUCAGCCUAACAGUUUUCAAAGUUGAUGCCUGCGGCUUGCAACUUCAAAAAUAAUGCUCAGGAGACAUAAAAUUAUUUGUUCAUCUUGGAUCGCUGAUUUUGUCAUUUACAUGUAAUUUCUUUGCUUACUUUAAGUUCCAUAGCGAUUGAGGGCGAACGUAGGGUAAAUAAUUGGCAAAAUUAAACAAAAUGAACUGGACUGCCAUGACACAGGCCCUUUAAGGUGACUCGACCCAGUUUUUUUGAGGGGGUACCAUCAUACUUUGAAGCUCUCUGGUAUCCCCACCUUUACUUUUAUCGUAAGUCUAACACAUAGAAUGGGUAACAUAUAGAUCAAUCUACAAUAUAACAGAAAAUUUUUGGCGAUCGGAGUAAAUGUCACGUGGUUAUAAUGCCACGCCCCUUUGAGGUCUGAGUCGAAAAUCUGCUGUUGCCGGCAUUUUUUCGUGAAAAUCUCUCGGCUACACAUAGUGCGCAUGAGUGCCUUGCGCUGAAGAGAGUUUCACCAAAAUCGCAAAGACCCAAUUCGAGAAAUUCAGCGGUUUCCAAAUUUAGGUCAUAAUUUAUGCGAAAAUGAUAAGCAAACUUUACACGGAUUAUAUCUAAUAAACGAUGAGAUUCAUCCCUUUAUUUUGGGCAUCGUUAUAACAGAUGGGGCCUUGCAAGUCAGCAAAAUGCUUUAGGGCCUUGUAAAUGCGCGCGAUUUCGAGCAAAGCAAACAUAUAGAAAUUAUAGUUUUCGCUAUUUGUUGACGUUUGUCAGCGUUUAAGAGUCCUUCUCACGAAAAAAGCAUUUUCUUAAAAAUUCGUAGUUUUUUUUCCUUCAAAUUUUUUCAGGGCCACAAUUAAUUAACUAACUAUCCGGACUCUGAAUUUCAUGGUCAUUGAAAAAAUGUGACAUUAUCUUCUAUAUAUAAGCCCAAACUUGAGUAAACAUUGAAUAUUUUUAGCGUUUUGGCUGAGUUUGUGCUUUGGGAGUUGUCUAUUGUUUCUAGUCUGUCAUGAUACAGCAUUCUUGUUCAGCACGCGCACAAUGACCUCGCUUGGCUGACUUCCGAAUGCUCACCGAGAUAUAAUAAUUUUGGUACAGUGAGACAGGCCAUCGCGUGAUACAUAGAGGUUUAACUAACAAUUUUUAAUCAAUUCUUGUGCCUUUGCAAAAAAAUCAAGAAGUGCUGCACACUAAAUCUACUUACUAUUACAAAAAUAUCAUUUUUUCAUAGGUUUAAUGCAAGCCAAUAAUUAAACCAACUCGUGACGGGAAUAUCUCGGUGAGCAUUCGGAAGUCAGCCAAGCAUGGUCAUUGCACGUGUGCAGAACAAGAAUGCUGUAUAAUGACAGACUAGAAACCAUAGACAACUCCCAAAGCACAAACUCAGCCAAAACGCUAAAAAUCUUCAAUGUUUACUCAAGUUUGGGCUUAUAGAAGAUAAUGUCACAGUUUUUCAAUGACCAUGAAAUUCAGAGUCCGGGUAGUUAGUUAAUCAAUUGUGGCCCUGAAAAAAUUUGAAGGAAAAAAAACUACGAAUUUUUAAGAAAAUGCUUUUUUCGUGAGAAGGACUCUUAAACGCUGACAAACGUCAACAAAUAGCGAAAACUACAAUUUCUAUAUGUUUGCUUUUGCUCGAAAUCGCAGCGUUUACAAGGCCCUAAAGCGUUUUGCUGACUUGCAAGGCCCCAUCUGUUAUAACGAUGCCCAAAUAAAGGGAUGAAUCUCAUCGUUUAUUAGAUAUAAUCCGUGUAAAGUUUGCUUAUCAUUUUCGCAUAAAUUAUGACCUAAAUUUGGAAACCGCUGAAUUUCUCGAAUUGGGUCUAUGCAAUUUUGGUGAAACUCUCUUUAAGGGGCCUGCCGAGAGAUUUUCACGAAAAAAGGUGGCAACAGCAGGUUGGUCAGACCUCAAACCCAUUAUAACCACGUGACAUUGAGUCAAAAAAAAAAACUGUUGUAUUUUUAUCUAUAUGUUAUCCAUUCUACACUUACGAUAAAAGUAAAGGUGGGGAUACCAUCUCAAAGUAGGAUGGUACGCCACCCAAAAACUGGGUGUCACCUUUUUUCAUGAAAGGAUUAGGUUUGAAUGGUGGAGUGAAAAAAAACCUGUCUUUUACAUGUAAACACAAAAUGGCAUCUUGGGGGCAAUUGAAUGUUUUGGGGUUAAUGUUUUCCUCUUCUCUCACUUGCUGAUCUUUGGCUUGCUGUAACCUUAAAUGCUGCAUGGCUUUCACUUUUAAUGAUGCAAAGCUUCCCGCCAAAGGCAUUUGAGGCGACUUUGGUGUAACAUGAAUCAAACCGCAGCUGCUAGGUAGGGUACCCCACCUUGAAACAUUUACCUGGCAAAAUUUGACCCAGGCUAAUAGGGUAUCCGGUCUGGCAGACCAGCCGUUCCACCUGGGAGGGUCACCCCACCUACAUGUAAACAUGAUCAAAUUAAAAUGAGAGAUUACAUGGACAGGUAGGUUACCCCACCUCUAGUGGGUUACCUCACAGGGCUGUCACUAAGAUUUCAAGUUGCCAGGUAAAUACAGCAAGUACAGUACAAGUAAUAUUUUGUCUUUUGUUUUCAGAGAUGGAUGUGGAGUUUCUACAAGGGUAGUCCAGACACUAUCAACUUUCAUAACUUGUGGCAUGGAAACCAAACUUACUUGGACAAAGUAAAGGUAAGAAUGGUAGCAAUGAAAAAAAAAUUCUUUCGAUGCCUAAACCUACAUAGUACAUGUAAUAAUGAACCACCAAUAAUGCAAGGCUUAUCCAUUCUUGAGGAAGACCUUCAAUAUUAAUUUUUAGUUGUUUGUUUCACGACUUGAGAAAAAAGGAAUCACUAAUAAUUUUAAGAUUGUGAUGAAGGCUUAAAACCUGCCUUCUUAUGUUUGUUUUUUUUUUUUUAUGUUACAGGUCAAAAUUAAAUUCAGGUUAAAAUUUUUUAACCUAGGUUGAUUCUCAAUUUCCUUUGUCUCUUACAUCUAGCCCUAACUAUUCAUGACUUAAUGCUAGGAGACAAACUUUAAGGAAAUUGAGAAUAAACCUUACCUAGAUUUAACAUGUAACAUGUAACAUAUACUUGAACUGAAUUGGGAUCCAUUAAGCUUGAAAAGUACUCAGAUUUUCUAUAGUCCUUCCUUGAAUUUUGCUGAUAAAAGUCUAAAGCAAAGUUCAAAAGAAUACUGGAUCUAUUAAUGUCUUCCUCUUUGGAAGUCGGGUCUACUAAGACAUUCAAGAGUAAAUAGGAGGAACAGUUUAAAAUGAUGCAUUUAACCCAACAUUUUUUGGUCUUUAUAAUGAUACACUUUUUAAAACAAAAUUUUGGCUUUUCUUUCAGUCAUCUUUGAUAAAGAAAUUCCCUACAGACCAGACAGAUGGAAGAUUUCUAGAAUUCAUCAACACACUUCUUACAUAGCAGAGUACUGUGUUAAAAAAAUAGUUUUUUAGUUCAUUUGUACAGUAAGUUAUUUUUUAGUAGUAGUUGUGCAAGUUCGGUAACAUAAAGUGUUAAAAAAGUUUUUUCACAGGAUAUUGACAGAGUUCGGCAAAACUGUAAAUCCUAGUUUUGAACUGACUUUUACUUUAAAAAUUUCCCACGAGGCAUAUGCAUGUUAACCUUUUCAUUCUAUGAACUAUGACUAAAGAAAAAAUUCCAAAUUUCUUUUGUAAAAUCAAAAAAUUAAAUUGGCAAAAGAUCUACUGAAAAGGUUUCAUUUCAUGGUCAACACCAGAGGAUUUUGUCCACAGAUUCAAUAUAAAGUUGGAAUGAAAAAUCAUCUAACCUUAUUUUGCAACAACUGUGUACAUACAGAGAUCGCUAACAGAUGGUUUUUCGUUUAUCAAUAUCAGUAACUAAUCUCGAUCGUUAACAACUGAGGGAGUGUAGGAGUGCAUGGGUUAAUCCUGUAAACCCUAAGCUUGAUCAAUAUCAAGUUUCUCCCAACAAUAUCAGUACAAUAACUUAUGUAUGUAAUCAAGAGAAAAGACUAUAAAAAUUCAUAAAAUGAUCACCAAAGAAAAAUGCUCCCAACUAAAUUCUCUCAGCUAAUUCUGUAACGAAAUGUAUAGAGAUCAGUGUGGAAAGUUUCCAUUUAGAUAUUGGAACCUAUAAUAAAGGGUUAAUAUCUGAUGCUUUUGAUAGAGUGGUAAAGAGAAUUUGGGAUGUGAUCAUACAAGAUGCUUGAUAUGUUAACAAUUUUCUCCCCACUACAUCUUCAGGAAAAUAAUGAAUAGGGC